GGCCACGUCAGGUGCGGCUGCUGGGCGGGGGGAGAGAGCUGUUAAAGGAAACAAGACCAUGCUUCUCCUUGGGCUGUGGAUAUAGAAUGUUAGAACAUCAAGACCAAGAGGAACUGACCACUGUGCGUGUUCAAGAUCCUCGUGUCCAGAAUGAGGGAUCCUGGAACUCCUAUGUGGAUUACAAAAUAUUCCUCCAUACAAACAGCAAAGCUUUCACUGCGAAGACAUCUUGUGUGCGCAGACGGUACCGGGAGUUUGUGUGGCUGAAGAAGCAGCUACAGAAGAAUGCUGGAUUAGUGCCUGUUCCAGAACUUCCUGGGAAGUCCUCGUUCUUUGCUGGCCAUGCAGACGAAUUCAUUGAGAAGCGACGGCAGGGUCUUCAGCAGUUCCUGGAGAAGGUGGUACAAAACGUCGUACUUCUUUCUGACAGCCAGCUGCACCUCUUCCUCCAGAGCCAGCUCUCCGUGCCGGAGAUUGAAGCUUGUGUCCAGGGACAGGGACCUCUAAGCGUCACAGAUGCCAUUCUCCGCUACGCCAUGUCUAACUGUGGUUGGGCACAGGAAGAGGAUGGCCACUCGGCCUGGCUGGCCAGAGGAGAUUUGGGUGGCAGGUUUGACAGAGGAAGCCAUCCUGCUGGAAGUGCCCCUGAGCCCCUUCCUUAUUGGAGUGACAUCAGCAUGGAAGACAGCCAGUUGGAGAGUCCAGAUUCUGAGGAAGAGGAGAGCCAUUCGGCAGGGUCACUUCAGGUUGGCGCUGUAAAAUCAACUGACCAUGCCAAGGAACAGUGAGAGUCAGAACAGCCCCUUUGGGAUAUCGUUGGAGUUCUUUCUCAGCAGUUGUCUUGCCUGUCAGACCCUAGAGGGGAGGCACUGCUGUCUGUGUUGGAUCUGGUGAGCUGAAUGAACAUUUGGCCUGGAUCAGCGAGAACACUUGGUGAACUAAAACGAAUAGCUGCUGCCCAGGGACCCCAGAGUCGUUCUAAAGGAGACGUAGUAUUCCUGGUUUUAUUGUGGCCCUCCUUCCUUGUAAGUCAGCUGGCUUCCUACGAGGGCUUUCCCAGCUGUAGAGGAAUCCCACUGGGCAGGAAAAGGUUCUGUUUUGGGGUUUGGCUGCAUCCUGUCUAUUCUCCCCAUCCCCAUAGCUGGUAGAAGACAACUGGGCUUCUGAGAAAAGUACAGACUCAUAGGCAUGUUGAAUAGCUUGCCUGGGUUGGACUUUCCUCUGGUACAGAGCCAGAGAACCCACCUGCUAUCCCUAAAUGCCAGGCCCCCAUCUGGUUUCCCUUGGUGGAACUGCAUGCAGCUGGGAUGAGUGUCUCUCUUCUCCCUCCCCCAACUCAUUAGUGUUGUACUUGAUUCUUCUGAAAUCCAACUAGGAAGAACUUAUUAAAUAUGGAGAGGAGAAAAUGGAAGAUUAUUUUGCAGGACUCUUGCAUGCUUGAUACAUCUCUUGGGAAACAAUCUCUUUCCUGGUUAUUUCAUUGCAGCUUUCAGCUUGAAACAGGAUCUGGGGUGUGUAUGUGUAUGUUCAUGGAACCCACUCUAAGCUCUGGAAAUAAAAUUGCCUUCCUGUACAUACACCCACACCUCUCAAACUUUAGUGGAGUUAUUGAUGAUCCUGCUCAGGCAUCACCACGCAAAAUCUACUAAUGACUGGCUUACUGUAUUCAGUUCCACAUUCCACUUCUAUCCUAAAGGGCAAUGUUGGGGCAUGUGUGGGGGGAGGGUAAUACAGAUGUGUUGCUCUCCUUCCUUCCCUUCUAGUCCAGUAUGUUACGAAGUAAGGGCCCCCCAUUUAAUUUAAAAGGGUAGCAAGUUUCUAGUCCUUAGUAUUUCAAGGAGAAACUCAAACGUCAGUUGAAUUUUGGCUGGAAGUGGCAAGAUUUGUUUUUUAUUUAAAGAAUGGAAUUGAAACCUUCCUCCUUUAACAAAAAGUGCUGAAUUUCUCCUCAUAUCCUUUUCUCUUCC